AUGUCUGUGUCUGCGCGGGUGAAGGUACGGGAGCACGCGGACACGGUGUACAUCUCCGUGGAGGCGGCCAUCGCCCUGGCUUCGGUGGUGGGUAACGUGCUGGUGGUGCUGGUGGUUUGCGUGAACCGGGCCCUGCGGAACACCACCUUCUGCUUCAUCGUGUCGCUGGCGGCGGCCGACAUCGCGGUGGGCGUCCUGGUGAUCCCGCUGGCCAUCACUAUCAGCCUGGGGAUCAGUACGCAGUUCUACACGUGCCUGUUCCUGUCCUGCCUGCUGGUGAUCAUCACGCAGGGUUCCAUCUUGUCGCUGCUCGCCAUCGCCGUCGACCGCUAUCUGAGGGUCAAGAUACCCACGAGGUACAGCACCAUCGUGACGCAGAGGCGUGCGUACGUGGCCGUGUGCGUGUGCUGGGUGCUCUCCUUCCUGGCGGGCCUGGUGCCGAUGGCGGGCUGGAACAACCGGCACGUGCUGGGCAACCUGAGCGGCUCCGACUACAUGGUGUGCGAGUUCACGGCCGUCAUGCGGAUGGACUACAUGGUCUACUUCAACUUCUUCGGCUGGGUGGUGGCGCCCCUUGCUGUCAUGAUUGCGCUGUAUGCCGAGAUUUUCCGCGUCAUCCGCCGGCAGCUCAACCGGCGGGCCGAGGCCACAUCGGACGGAGAGCGCUACUACCGGAGGGAACUGAAGCUAGCCAAGUCCCUGGCGUUGGUGGUUUUGCUCUUUGCGGUGUGCUGGCUGCCGCUUCACAUAAUCAACUGCGUUGACUUCUUCCACCCGGACCGCGCCACGCCCAAGAUGGCCGUCUACGCUGGCAUCUUCAUGUCGCACAUCAACUCGGCACUCAACCCGCUGGUGUACGCAUUCCGGAUCAAGCGGUUCCGGGUCACGCUACUGGAGGUUGCGCGGGGCUGCGUGGCGUGCCGCGGCGGCGUCAGGGCCAGCCCAUUUCCGGGCAGCGUUCCGGCGCUCACCCAGAAAGUAGAUGCGGACUUGCCACAAGGUCUGCAGCGUGUAGAUGGCACCAAGUGAGGCACACUAGUAACACCUUGG